AUGGCAGAUGAAAAUAUUAAAAAUUUGGGAGACGGUGCAAUUUUGAGCACCAAGGAAGAGAAAGAUACUGCCCACCACAAGGCUCAAGAGUUGGAUGAUUUCCUUGGUGGUACACCAGUCCUAUACCGAGAGGUACAGGGAUUCGAGUCCAAAUCUUUUGCCAAACUAUUCCCAGGCAAAAAGAUUGUUAGCGGUGGAUCAGUCAAAGCCACUACCAAGGCCCUCUACAAGGUAUCUGAUAGCUCUGGAAAGUUAAUAUUCGAAGAGGUCGCAAAAGGUGAUUUCCCAAAAAGCAUAUUGGACACCAACGAAGUCUUUAUUGUGGAUUCUGGCAUGUCGGUCUAUAUCUGGUAUGGCAAGAAAUGCUCGGUCGAUGAAAAGAAGAAAUCUUUCCGCUAUGCCAAAGAGUACUUGGAUGCUCAAGAUCGAGAUGAAUCUGCAUCGGUAGUGCUUAUCAAAGAAGGAAAUGAAAAUGAAUUAUUCGACGAAUUAGAAGAGGAGAAAGAGUUUCAAUCAACAUUAUUUCAAUGUGUAUUUCGAAACUCUUAUCUAAGAGAUAGAAUAUUUAAAUCGAUUGCGAGCAGCGAUGAUGAUGGUGGUGGUGGUGGUGUUGAUAGUCGAUUUGCAAUCGAUCGAAUAUGUCGUUAUGAACAUUGGUACACUGCACAGCAAAUGUUGGAGCAUGGACAUGUUGGACUAUUGAUCGAUAAGAUCAAGCGUGGUAUCUACGUACCCUUUCACGCGAGAUCAAUCGCGUCGAUCUGUGAAACGGUGACGGAUCUAGAACAAUUCAAAUACCUCUACCAACUAAAGAGAUCGUCAUUCUUGGCGGGCAACCUUGUAGCAUGUGCUUGUCGAGGAGGCAAUGUCGAGAUUGUAAAGAUGCUACUCGGACAGAGAGACCCAAUAGAAUUAUCGGUAGAGAAUGCAUAUCAUGCAGCACUCGAAAGUGGCAUGAAAGAGGUGUUGGAGGUACUGAUCGAGAUGAAUGUCGAAUGUAUAGAUACCAAUUAUUUACAUGGUGAUUAUUUCACAGUCAGAGAGUUAGAAUGUUCGAAAUGGUUCAAGAUUCAAAGUGGGUUCGAGGUGCGCAAGAAUCGAUUGAAUGGUAAUAGAUUGUUUGAUAAUAUACGUCGAGCCAGUAUAGAGUUGGAUGCAUUUAUCGCAAGACAUCCUACUCGAAAAGAUGAUCACGAUUACCUCAACAAAUUCUUGUCGACCGACACUACAAACCAUUUGGCACGCGUAGAGGUAGAGUUUGUCGACCGUCAAGCCAACGUUGAAAAGGUAGUCGACUACCUAUCACGCGAGCUUCGUCCACUACACAACCACAUGUUUAAAUACAUUGCAUUGGUAGAUUUGGACAUGUUGAUUGCAUGUUAUGACGGCAGCAAGCAAGCUGCUCUACUCUCUGCAACGCAACGAACCGACGUCGAUUCAUUUGCCAUUGUAAAGAAGCUGUAUGAUCACGGGUACAGGUUCCCCGCCAUCAUUCGCGAAUAUCUCAAGGUUGGAACGCCCGAGAUAUUGGAAUUUUCCGAGGAGAAGCUUGCAGAGAAUAAUUGGCGAGUGUCUCUCGACUCCAAGACGCCAUCCGAUUUAGAGUUGGCAUUCCUACGAGAAGAUGUUGACUUUUUUGACACCCGUUUCAAAACAAAGGAAAAGAGAUUCCAAUACCAUGAAUUAAACUUUAUGCAAAAGUAUUGGAGUCAUCGAUUCUGUGCCACUGUCAUACGUAUGGUUCGAGAGGAGCCAUCAUUUACAGAGGAUCUAGUCGUAGAGUUUCUUCGAUUCAUUGCCACUUUGAAUCCUCUCACCUUGGUACCAAGUGUUGCUAUCGAACAGGGUUGGGACAAUGUAAUAUUAUUCGAGUUGGAGCUAGCAGCAGCAGGACAAAGAGGAGAUAAUAAUAAUAAUAAUAAUAAUAAUAAUAAUAAUAAUAAUAAUAAUAACACAAAAUCAUUACCAGCCACGACCCUAUCGAUGAUCGUGUCAAGUGGUCAAGUUCAAUUAUUAGAGUAUUUCAUGCAACGGGAUCCCAAGCUCAAACAAGUUCUUUUCGAGUUGGACCAAAAAUCAUUUAUCAAUCAAAUAAUGAUAGUACCUUACAAGUAUGAAAUGCUUCUUUAUCUAUUCCACGUUGGCUACAAACUACAAACUGGAUCACUCCACAUUAUCAAUCAUUAUGGAUUCAUUUCAACAAUUAAUGAUUCUACAAUGCUUAAAAUAUUGUCAUUUAUCAAAGAUCAAUAUCAAUCGGUACAAAAUCAACAAUAA